ACUGGCCCUUUAAAGCUUCCCUUCCCUGGUAACAGUAACCAGACAGGGGUGUUCCCAGGAACCAGGAAGAGCCCUCCCCUUCAGGAAGUGGAAUAUAUGUACAGAGCUGGAAGGGUGAAGAUGGAGAGGAGGGUGUACGACACUGGGGGGACCUCAGACUCCGACUGGGAGGACGAUGCAGAGGAAGAAGUGAAAGAAGAAGGAUCAGCAGCACCACAGGCUGAGACUGGAUCCCACUGGAGAAACUUGGCAGCCUUUUGGUUGCUGGGUCUAUGUAAUAACUUUGCCUAUGUGGUGAUGCUGAGUGCAGCCCAUGACAUCCUCCACACAGAGACCAAUGAGACUUCAACGGCGAAUGUUACCAACUCCACCAGCAGCCGAUAUGACUGCAAUCAGAUUUCCACCGCUGCCGUCCUCAUGGCUGACAUUUUGCCCACGCUGUUCAUUAAAUUUACUGCGCCAUUUUACAUAGAGCGGGUUCCAUACAAUUACAGGGUGUGUGUGUGUAUCAUCACUGCAGCCAGCAGUUUCCUGCUUGUGUCCUUCUCCACACACAUAGCAGUGAGCCUGUUGGGUGUGGUCUUUGCCAGCGUGUCCUCUGGAUUGGGGGAGAUCACCUUUCUCAGCCUCACAGCUUUCUUUCACAGUGAUGUGGUGUCUUAUUGGUCCUCUGGGACAGGCGGUGCUGGUAUCCUGGGUGCCCUCUCCUAUCUGGGACUCACAGCGGCUGGUCUGUCCCCCCGGAGCUCCUUGCUGGUCAUGUUGAUUAUCCCCGCGCUGCUACUGAUAAGUUAUUUUAUCCUCUUGCUACCACCACCUUCUCUUCCUUGUUGGAGCUUUCCAGAAAGGUUCAGCAAAAGCUACAUCCCAGCUCACCAGCGACCCCUGCUGAAUGGAUGCGCUCUCCAGCAGACAGGUCCUCGUCUGACGCUCUUUCAAAAGUGGAAAAUAAUUAAGUCUCUACUGAAGUAUAUGAUUCCCCUGUCUCUGGUGUAUUUUGCCGAAUACUUCAUUAACCAGGGCCUGUUUGAAUUAAUUUAUUUCCCUCACAUCACUAUGAGCCACUCAGAGCAGUACAGAUGGUAUCAGAUGCUGUACCAGGCCGGAGUGUUUAUAUCUCGAUCGUCUGUUCGCUGUGUCACUAUUAGACACAUCUGGGUCCUUGCAUGUCUCCAGUGUGGACUGGCCACCUUCCUCCUGAUCGGAGUGUACUACCUCUUCCUCCCCAAGUUCACGUUGUAUGGAAUUUUUGCAAUUAUAUUAUUUGAGGGGCUGCUGGGGGGCGCUGCAUAUGUCAACACUUUCAACAACAUUGCAGUAGAGAGUAAACCGGAGGAGAAGGAGUUCGCCAUGGCGGCUGCCUGCGUGUCGGACACCCUGGGAAUAUCCCUCUCCGGAGCCGUGGCCAUCCCUGUUCAUAACUACUUCUGUGGCUUGCAGUGA